GCCAGCGAGCCAGCGAGCCAGUGAGCGAGCUCUGCCCAGAGGCUUCCUGGAGCCCCCUGAGGCAGGCAGGCAGGUAGGCACACAGGCAGGCAUGGCGUCAGAGACGGGCUCUCAGUCCAGGGUGAUGUUCCAGACCCCGGAUAAGGAGGAGGAGGAGGAGCCCCCCAGUCGCAGGCUCGGGAAGCUCACCAUCCGCUACAACCGCAAGGACCUGCAGAGGAGGCUGGACAUCGAGGAGUGGAUUGACGGACAGCUGCACCUGCUCUACGACUGCGAGGAGGAAGACAUUCCAGAACUGGAAAUCGACAUCGACGAGCUACUGGAGCUGUCAGACGCAGAUCAAAGAUCCAAACUGCAGGAACUUCUCCAGGAAUGUUGCAAGCCCAAAGAGGACUUCAUCAAUGGGCUGUUAUACCGGAUCAAGGGACUGCGCAAGAUGUCAGGGCCUCUGAGGAAAUGAGCGCGGUUUGGGGAGUGAGAGGCGCAGAGGCGAUUCGUUGGACUGCGGUCAUUUCACCUGGAAGCGCGGAAGUCGGAGCGAGCUGUACGAUCUACGUGUUGAUAACCGAACUAAUUUUGGGACAGUUGUCGUUUUUCCGACACAGGAGUCACUGCAGGUGUCCGUGGCAACAACCUUGUGGAACUUCUUUUUAGAUAUGCCUGUAUUUAAUGGACAGUUUCGGCAUUUUGAAUUGUUCAGCAUA